CCUAAGCCUAGUAUGAACCACUCAUUUUGAAACUGUAACCCUUGAUUUAAAACCUUGAUCUGAAAUCCUCACUCUGGCUUGCAACCCUCCCAUGACACCCGAACCGAAAAGUUAAAAUACUUGUCAGCCCCGCAUUUGAUUGUGAAACGUGAGCGGAUGUCAAUGCUCUUGCUCAAUCGCUUCAUUUUGAAGGUGCCCGCCGGAAGUGUUGGACGGUCCUGAGCACGUCACAUUUUGACGCGGCAACAAUUUGGUCCUCGGCGAACAUUUUAGCACUCAAAAAGUUUCCAAAUCGCAGCGGUAACUCUUUGACUGACACUUGAGGGGAUUCUACCUUUUUUUCUUCCCUUCGUCGAAAAGAGGAAGUCAAUCCCGGGAAGCGUGUGACCGUCUUCUGUGGCGCUCACAUGACUGUCGGCGUCAGCUGUUGCCGUCUGAUGGCCGGAGAAGCUCCGAGCUUCGCCGCGGUCCGCCGAUGAUCUCCUCUCCGGACUUGCUGCCUUUCACCGUGCCGGAGGGCUUCGGCGACCCCGAGGACGGCGAGGCGGAGGGAGCGCGCGGCCCGGCGGGGGGGCUUUUCCCCGAGGAGUUCUCCGUGCCGCCGCCCCCCCGCUGCGGCGGCCACCCGUGGAGCUCCGCGGCCGCCUUUCACAAGGACUUCGUGUUGGUGGCCGAGUUCUCCGAGCAGGUGGGGCCCACACCGGUGAUGACCAUCCCCGACGAGGCGGGCGCCUGUGGCUCCCUGGACCUGAACCACUUCUCUGUGCGCAUCAUGUCUGUGGACUACCAGGCGUCGGGCCCGGGAGGACCUUCGCCAGCCGCGUCCGGGCCGCGCCUCAACUUCAACGAGGACUCGGAGGUGGUCCUGGGGGACUCGGCCGACUGGGCCUUUGCGUACGUGCGCCACGUGACGCUUCUGGACCUGGCGGCCCGCGGAAUGGUGCGUCCUUUCUGCUUGGCCUACGUGUGCUCGCAGCAGGCCAAGAUCAUGGACAACUUCGGGCGGCUGUCGGCCGGCUUUCGCCGGGCGGCCGACAGCCUCAAGACGGGAAACCGGCAGGCCUUCUCCUUGGAGCUGCACAGCAAGCUGCACCAGCUGCAGUACGAACGCCUGGCCCUGCUGCGGGACGACGGCAUCGGGGAAAAGCGCGAGAAGCUGGAGGCGCUGGAGCGAGCUAUGGAGAUGCACAAAGAGCUCCUCCGCCAGGUCGCUUCCUACCCCAACAGGAAGUUGAAGCGGCCCGACUUCCUGCCCUACGAGCCGGCUGACGCCUGGACGGACGCACCCGCCGCGCCGCCUCCCGCCGGCCGCAUCGUCGGCUCCGAGCGGCGGCUGAAGCCAAUACAGGAACUCUGCAACGGCUAUUACCUGUCACUGAUGACUGAGCAGCUGGCGCAAACGGAGGUCCGCCUCCGCGGCGAUGUCACCGCCCUGCGAGGUGCGAGCAUCACGCGCUCGCUGAAGAGGAAACUCAAAUUGACCAACUUCCUCUUUGAGCAACCCGAGGAUGAGGAAGAGGAAGAGGAGGACGAUGGAGAGGAGGAGAUGUUGAGGGAAAGGGGAAAUCAGCCGAGCUCCGAGUCCUGCGCGGAGGCGGAAGAAGUGGCGAGCGGCGAGAUGACGGGAAGCAUCAGCAGCGGAGACAGCAUCCAAGUGAUCGGCACCGAGCGAUCCUACAGGACGCUGGCAGCCGCCGGGGCGUGCGAUGCUGCGCCGAGUGUCGCCGCCAACGGCGCGCCGCCCCCUGGGCCCCUCGAACAAGCUCUCUCAGUCCCUUCGGCCACGACCGGCGUUUGGCUCGCCACCCGCGACACGCCUCCCCCCUCCUACGAUUCGCCUCCCGUGACCGCCUCGGACCCUCGGCGCCUCAGAGUCUACGCCGGGAGGGCCAACAGCGAGGACAGCAUCGAGGUCCUCAGCACCACCGAGUCCAUCGUCCCCGAAGACCUUGCCGCCAUUACCGAGGAGGAGCCGACCAAAGAUGACGAAAUGGCCGGCACGGCGAAGAACGCUCACGCGGGCAGCGCUGAUCAGACGCCGCCCAAUUUCCCGGUGGAGCGGCGGUCUUCAUCGCAGAGCGGAAAGGAGGCGCGGAGCGGCGGCGCCGGGAGGCGGAGGAAGCGCGGCGCACCCUGGGACAAGGCGGGGCUACUGGCGCAGCGCUUCACCAAGCAGCACUCCUUCUCUCAGCACGUCGUCUUUUGCCUGCUGAGCGGCCGUCCUCUGGUGCUGCUCUCGGGAGACGAAGGCAAACUGAGGAAGACGGUGGACGCUUUGACCCUCUUCCUGCCGGCUCCCGCCGGCGCCGUCGUGCCGUGUUUGCGCGCGCCGCUGCAGCUCGGCGACCUGCUCGCGUGGAGGCUGAUUGGAUUUCACAGGUCUCAGUCCUCGGGCCCGCUUCACUGGCUCAGUCGCUACAGUCGCUACCUGGGCGUGCUCGACUUGGACCAGAGGACGCUGCGCUGCCCGUCUUACUCGGGUUCGCUGGUGGGCUCGUUGGUGGGCUCGGCCGUGCCCGCCGCCGCCUUCCUGCCGCACAUGCAGAGCGGCCUGACGGCGCUGGUGAAUCGGGCGCUGCUGUUUACGUUCGCCCGGCGAGGAGAAGAGGACGACGGGCCGGACGCCGGCGACCUGGCCGUGAUGCGUUUCCUGUCCGACCUCAUCAAGCGCCGGCACGCCGCACGCGGGCCGCCGGCGUUGCGCUUCUCCUACGUGGCGCUGCGCCUGCACAAGAACACUACUGCUGCAUAGGGUGGCAAGUGGGUGGAGCGUUUCCGCGACGUACAGAAAUACCCUCCCAAAUCCCCCAAAUACAUGAAGGGGGCGGGGGAGGGGGCCGGGGGGACAUGAGCACAAAACCAGACACUACUCAAAGCACCAGACAAUCAUUAACACUGUACCACGUGCAAAAAAGAAAAAAUAACUAUUAGGUAAAGACACACGCAGAAGCCCCCCCCCCAUGUGUUACAUUGAAUGAAACAAUGUGCGUGUGUGAUUUGAACGCGCUUUUAAUACAGCAUAUUCAACUUGAAGUGAAACGAGUGGAAAAACAUGACCAAAAUA